AUGAAUUCAAUCGAACUUUCAAACAUAAAAUCAGUCAAUUUUUGUAACAAUAAAACAAAACAGGAACGAUGGGAAAAUCGAUGGAGCAAAAUGAAAGGUGAAUUUAAUGAUUUCGAACUUUUAUGUAACCUACUUAGACAACAUACUCGACAGUGUGAACACGACUUAACGUCAAUAAGCAUUUUAUCUCCAAUGAAUGAUGUUAACCGAAAUUUGAACGAGCUCGAUCAAUCCUUCAUGUAUUCACAAUUACUUAAAGAUAUUUUACUCAAAAUAGAAUACAACACGAAUGCUAAGCAGAAACUUGUUGGCUAUUGUCUCGAACUAUACCAAAACAACGAAACUGAAUUAGCAGUGAUUAAUGAAUUUCAAGAAAGCUGUCAUCUACAUACACCUAUCUAG